AUGGCUGCGGCGGUGGCCGGGGCCGCCCCACUGGGCAAGGGGCUGGACAUCAGUCUGGCGGCUCUGCAGCGGCACGACCCCUAUAUCUGCAGCAUCCUGGACGUGGCCAGCCAGGUGGCGCUCUACACUUUCGGGCACCGCGCCAACGAGUGGGAGAAGACUGAUGUGGAAGGAACGCUAUUUGUUUACACAAGGUCAGCUUCACCGAAGUAUGGAUUCACCAUCAUGAAUAGGCUUAGCAUGGAGAAUCGGACAGAACCUAUAACAAAAGAUCUGGAUUUCCAGUUACAGGACCCUUUUCUGCUUUACAGAAAUGCCAGAUUGUCCAUUUAUGGAAUUUGGUUUUAUGAUAAGGAAGAAUGCCAAAGAAUUGCAGAGCUCAUGAAAAAUUUAACUCAGCAAGAACAACUGAAAGCGCAGCAGGGGGCCGGCAUAGGAAUUUCCCCAGUAACCCUGAAUUUGGGUGACAGCAAAGAAGUGGAUAUCCUACGGAUGCUCACUAAAGCCAAAGAUGAAUAUACCAAGUGUAUGACAUGCUCAGAGCCAAAACAGAUAACUAGCUCUUCUGCUAUAUAUAGCAACCCCAACUUGAUCAAACCAAUUCCAGUGAAGCCAAGUGAAACUCCGCACCAAUGUAUAUCCGAACACGUCCAGAACAUAGACCCUGAACCACAGCACCUAUCCCUAACAACACUCUUUGGAAAGCAGGAAAAAUCUAGCAUAUACCAAGAUACCUUAGAGCAGCCACAGAAGCGUCACUCAGAACACUUUCCUCUGAGGCAGGGCGUUGUGCGCUCUUUGUCCUAUGAGGAACCUGGGAGACUUUCUCCCACAGCAGAGAAGCAGCUUUGUCCGGCCAUUCAAAAACUGAUGGUGCGUGGGGCAGAGCUUCACCCUGUCUGUGAACUCCCUGAGCACCGGCUGUGUGAGAAUGGCAGCAUCCCUUCUGUGGGGGAAGUUUUCACUGGACUCUUCCAGCCCGUGACUUCCCAUAGCAUGAGGACAUCUCAUCCAGUCCAGGACGCAGCCUGCACUCAGAGCUUACUGCAGCAACUGCAAGGUCAGUCGGUACAGAUGACAAAAAUGGAAUCCAGCAAUGUAGGGCCAGCAAGUUCAAUUGCAUCAGUCUUCAGCAUGACUCCCGCUGCCUCCUCAGUGGCCCAGGUCAAGAGCAUCACCCAGCCACAUAUGAUGUACUUCAAUGGCUCCCUCCCUGGCCAGACUCUGGGGCCUCCAGCCCUUGGUAAAGAACAACCCAAACUUCCUGGGCAGUCGCUUCCUCUCUCUGGGAACCAGCCUGGCAACUCUGGAGUAAUUUCACCGCAGGAGUUAUUAAAGAAACUCCAGAUAGUGCAGCAGGAGCAACAGUUACAUGUAUCCAGUCGGCCAACCUUGGCAGCUAAGUUUCCUGUGGUUACUCAGAGCACAACUGCUCUGAAACCUUUGGAUUCCUGGAUGGACAAGGUUUCAAGCACAGAAAAGCAGCCUCCUCUUUUUCAGGUCAUCUCACCGCAGCGAAUUCCUGCUACAGUGGCUCCCUCGCUACUGAUGUCCCCAAUGGUGUUCAGUCAUUCUGCCUCAGCACCACCAAAACCAAAUGAAAGUGGAUGGUUGCCAGUAGUAAACCAAGAAGCUGUUCCAAGUUCAGCUAAUCUUCUCCUGCCUAUGCAGAACCCAGAACCACCCAUGGCAAACAGCAACCCGCCAACAAAGCUGCAGCUACAGGAAACAUUACUGCAUCUGAUCCAGAAUGACGACAACUUCCUAAACAUCAUUUAUGAUGCUUACCUUGUCAGCGUGAGAAAAGCCGCCCUGAAAAAGCCGAUGUGAAGCAUAUUUUUUUAAAUUAAAUGUAUGUGAUGUCAUGAACUUGCCUUUUAAAAAAUAAUAAUAAUCAUAUGAAAGAAAUUCUUUGGCUUUCUGCAAUGUUCAUUGGCAAAUAUGUGCUGUGCUAAGAGAAUAGUGGGUGGGAAUUGAUAGUGCCUUCCUGGGUGUGGGAUGGGUAUAAUGACAAAAUUAAAAUAUAUGCCAGCUUGUAUAAAGCCUGAUAUUUUCUAUUUGGUUCUCUCAUCCUUUGGUGUGUAUGUUUUGUUUUUUUGAAAUACACAUUGGACAUUAGUUACCUAGACACUUUGCUGGGAUUUGAGAGGUGGAAGUCCUUGUAUUACUUAGUACUAUUUACAAAACAUGGUACUUGUUGCUGACCACCAGGUGGCAAGCUAGGACUGUUGUUUAGAAAUAUGUGAAAGCUUUGGCUGGAGACAGACCGCUUUUCAGAGAGUUGAAAAUGUCAUGAGAGAGCCAUUGGUGCCUGUUAUUUGCCCACUAUCAUCUCUGUACACAGAUUUUGCAAGUUGCUCAGAAACCUACAAAACCUGUUUGAACAGAGAUGACAGCUGGACAAAAGAAAUUUGUGCAUACACUAUGGCAAUGAUGCCUCUUUCAUAUCAUCUCCA